CUUCUGGCUGGCCUGAAGCAAGAGGGUUCCCAGAAAAGUGCUUAAAGGAACUUAAUUUAGUCUUGACAUGCCACCUCCAGCAGACACGGGUCUAGCACAUACCCCUCCAGAUGGCCAAUGGGGAUGGGCAGUGGUCUUUGGAGCGUUCAUUUCCAUUGGAUUUUCAUAUGCUUUCCCCAAAGGAAUAGCAAUCUUCUUCAAAGAAAUCCAGGAUUUCUUUGGUACAUCAUACAGUGAGAUUGCAUGGGUUUCUUCAAUUAUGUUGGCUGCUACAUAUGGCGGAGGUCCCCUUAGCAGUAUUUUGGUGAAUCGUUUUGGUAGCCGGCCAGUCGUCAUAUUUGGAGGGCUACUAUGUGGCAUAGGAAUGGUUUCAGCAGCAUUCUGCACCAGCAUUUUUCAACUAUACAUUUGUGCUGGACUCAUCACAGGACUCGGUCUUGCCCUGAACCUCCAGCCUUCAGUAAUCAUCAUUGGGAAGUAUUUCCUGAAAAGACGUCCCAUUGCAAAUGGACUUGCCAUGGCAGGAAGUCCCGUCAUGCUUUGCACCCUUGCACCCUUGAACCAGUUUCUUUUUGACACUUUUGGAUGGAGGGGGAGCUUUUUUAUUCUUGGGGCAAUCCUGCUGAACUGCUGUGUGGCUGGAGCUCUCUUCAGACCAAUUGGACCAACAUCUGAGAGGCAAAAAAAUAAAGACACAAAAGAAGCCAUAAGUGAAAAAGCUGAUGGAGGCAUUGCCGAAAUGGGGGAUCAGGAUAUGGAAACAAAGGAAGACAGAGAUUGUUGUGAAAACUUCAACAAGUUCCUGGAUUUAUCGCUUUUUAAGCACAGAGGCUUCCUGAUCUAUCUGAUAGGGAACGUGCUGAUGUUUUUAGGAUUUUUUGCACCGAUUGUCUUUUUGGCUCCUUAUGCAAAGCACCGUGGGAUCGAUGAAUAUUCUGCAGCUUUUCUCCUUUCCAUUCUAGCAAUAGUUGACAUGAUAGCCAGGCCAGCUACAGGGCUCAUUGCAAAUAGCAAAUGGGUGAGGCCAAGAAUUCAGUAUUUUUUCAGCUUCUCCAUUACUUUUAAUGGCGUUUGCCACCUGCUAUGCCCACUGGCAACAAGUUAUGUGGGCCUAGUCAUUUAUUCUAUCUUCUUUGGCCUGGCCUUUGGUAUGGUGUGUGCAAUGCUGUUCGAAACGCUCAUGGAUCUUGUUGGUGCCAGCCGUUUCACAAGUGCCGUAGGACUAGUCACCAUAGUGGAAUGUUGCACCAUACUACUUGGGCCACCUAUUGGGGGUACUCUUAUUGACACCUUUGGAGACUACAAAUACAUGUUCAUUAAAUGUGGGGCAGUGAUGGUCUUGGCUGGGAUAUUCCUCUUCAUUAUGAAUUACUACAACUACAGAAUGCUUGCAAAAGAAGAGAAGAAAAGGAUGCAGGAAGAUGGAGAAAAGAAAUAUCAUGAGCCUGCAAGGACAGAAAGUGAUGAAGAAAACUUAAAAGCAGUAGAAAAAAUCCAAGAUGUUAAUGAAACAGCUCCUUUGAAGAGUGAUGAGAAUGGACUAAAGAAUGGGGCAAGCAUCCCAACUGAAACCUAAAUCUAAUUCAGAGUUUUCUGAAUGGAAAAUUGUUCCUUAAAAUGACUAAAAAUAUACAGG